AUGCUAAACGGCAUCGUCGGUACCCUCUCCGUGCGCAGAGAUGUAGCCAAUGGCUUCCUCGUCGCUGAAAUAUUUUCACGAUAUUUCCCGGCGGACAUACAGAUGCACUCGUUUGCCAACGCCACCUCCAGUCACUACAAGCGCGACAACUGGGACCAGCUCAAGGUCUUCAGCACCAAACAGGGCAUCAGCCUGCCGGUCGACCUGGUAGAGGGCACCAUUCAGGGAGUGCACGGGGCCGCCAGCUCGCUCUUGGAGCACCUGUACGAGGUGUUCACGGGUAAAAAGGUGCCGAGGCUCAAGGUGCCGGACGCAGCUGCCGCGGCGGCGGCGGCAGCAGCCGCUCGCGCCGCUGGCGGCGGCGGCGGCGUACAGGACGGCGCACGUUUGAUUUCUUCCACCGUCAAGGCCGCCCAGAACCUGGAGUUUGGCCAGAUCACCACACAACAACUGGCAGUUGAUGCCAUGGCCCUGAGGAAAAGGCUAGCAGGGGCUCAGGGGACGUCCUGAGCAUUGUUGCGAGCGAAAGGAAAGGAUGGGUGGUGUGAGGUGCUUGCGGUAGUGGGAUUGAGGAUUGAUGGGGUGGGGAAGGCAAGGGGAGGGAAGACGGGUUGCUGCUCAUGGGCUCAGCCGCCCGGGGGGGGGUUGCAUGAUACCGCCACAAAACGAAAUGUCUCUGUGAGGCGGGUUGCUGACCACUCCGGGUGUUGUUUUGCGUUGCGGAAUCGGGGUCGGAAUCGGAGUCGAAGUCGGGUCAAGCUGCGGGCGGUGGAAUAUUUCGAAAGAGAGUGAGGGAGUGGGAUUUCAGGGCAGGGUAUGUGGGGAGAUAACGUUAGGGAUAAGUUAGGCUUCGGGGUUCGACACGCUCCCGUCCAAGGAUGACAAUGGAUAUAUAGGUGUUAUAGACAUAUCAAUGCUAUGGCGCUGCUUCUAAAGAAUUGUUCGAAUGUGUCACCGUCUUAGGUAAAUCCUUGCAUAUGCCUAUCAUCAUACCGUGAGAGUAGAGUAGGGCAGGGAUGUACGUCAUUGCGUGUAUAUGUGUGUGUAUGCGUAGCCGCGUAUCUUGCGUAUCUUGCCGGGCCUGACGCUGGGCAGGGCAUGUGCAUGUGUGUAUAUGCACAUUGUCCCAAUUAACCCUGGAGAUGGGCCUAGGAACACCCACACUAAUUUGAAGAGCAAAAGGACAUCUCGGAAUGUGUCGCUAGUUUUGCUAUUUUCUCUCCUGGACUGUAGAAGCUUAUUUCCAAACGUGUGAUAUAAAUCUGUAC